AAGCGGGGAAGGUGCACGCGGAAGGGUGGCACGCGUUGUCGCGCUCCCGCCGACAUUACAGCGCGCGGAUUCGGAUCUCUCGCGAUCAGAAACGUUGAAACUGAGGCGAAGUCGAAUUUUAGCAGCCGUAUUAACCCUUGAUUUGGCCGGUCGUGUGAAACCGGGGCGAAAUAGAAUUUGAUCAUCCCUAUCGACGCUAGAACUGCCAAGUACUUAAAUUGACUUUUCGGAGUAUUGUUUACUAGAGCUAUAAACGUGCUUUUAUUGAGAUUUCAAUUGACUUGUAUUUUAAUUUGGGUAUUACUGAAUCAGCUUCCUUAAUAAUUUUCUAAGAAAUAUGUGUGUCUUUUCGGCAAUUGUAAAAGAAGGAAUCAGGCAUGAGUCAUUUUUAGGAACGUCGAAACUGUGGCGAAAUAGAAUUUUAUCGGUCGCAUUAACCCCUCGCUUUGACGUUCCCUUCACAGUCGCCGCUUUAUCUUUAACAAUUCGCCGGGAGAGAAAGGAAAUCUAUGGUCGCGUCUAUAUUUGCUUUGGAGGUUGUAUAUUAAUAGCGGGAAAAUAGUAUCCCGUUUCGAGAUAAAAGAAACGGGCAAGAACGAUGUUUGUUGGCUUUCUACUUGAACGUUUCGCGACGAGUUUGAGCUGAUGAUAGUAGGCGGGGGAUAAACACUAGGACAAAGUCAAAUUGACUUUUUGCUAUUUUUAUAUAAGAAUUGCAAAAGUGUCAAUAUCAAAUUAUUUAGUAACUUCUUCGAAAAGGAUUUGUGUCUUUUCGAUACCUGCGGAAGAAGAAAUUAGAAAUAGGUCAUUUUGACCCAUCUGGUAGUUCUAGCGUUAAUAGUUAUGCUAAAGUGAAAGUCAGAUGAAGAAGGAAUGAUUUUUUUUUACAUUAGACACGCGUACAUCGAAACUCGUAGUUUAUCGGUGAUAUUUAAAAUCUUGAAGACAGCGCUAGUGACACGAAUUAAUUCUUAUCGCGCAAACCACUUGCGUGUUUAGUGGAUAGAUCGCUGAUGAUCGGGUAUCGCGUUUCAACGUUUUCGUGAUUGAUUAUUGUAGAUAAUGUCUAAAUCUGGGAACUGAUUUUAAUUUACUGAAAUAGAGAAUGGCGAAUCAGAGGUUAUCUGAAUAAAGCGAGUGUAAAAAUGUGGGAAGGGGUGCAAUUUAAUAAAGAUGUGAAGUAACCCUGUUUGGUAAUUUAAAGAAAGAAAUCUGCUUCUUCUGAGCUUUGAUUAAGUGGAUGGAGAUACGAUCGUCUGAUACUGUAUCAAAAUAAUGGUAGAAAACCCACAGUGCCGAUCAAAGUCGAGGAAUGGAUAGUGAUUAAUGGCCGCGAUUACGUAACGCCGCGCAUAGAAGAACACGCGCGGAUAGGCGCAGAAAGAACGCGUGGCGAACAAAAUUUUGGAUAUCUAACGCUCGAGCCUUGAACGAAAUGGAGGAAUUGUUUCGCCCGUGACGUACCGACCAGGGAAUCGGUUUAAAUCCUACCAAUGACGGUUUGAUCAGGACUAUACAUACCACAUGUGCCAGAGUGACAGGAAUGUACGUCAUGGGAAUUAUGUUCAAGUUAAUGUAAACGUUUUUGAGAAAGAUUGACUAAUUGACAAUGUAAAUAUAAUUAGAAGGACUUGGUACUUUUCAUUUCAAAAAUUUUGAUAUAAAAAUGGCUAUUAUAUGCUCAAUUUGCAAAGACAACUUGAUAGAAAUUGAUGAAGUAUAUCAUACUGAAUGUGCUCAUGUAUUUCAUUACCAUUGUUUACUAAAAUGGCUGGAACGAUCAAAAACUUGCCCACAAUGUAGGGCAAAAGUUACUCGAAGCAAAAUAUAUAGAUUACAUUUUACAUUUUCUGAUAAUGAAACUAUUAAAACUAAAGCAUGUCCUUUGCAAGAAAAAAUAGAAAAUUUGGAGUUUCAAAUGCUGCUGAAAGAAAAGAACAUACAGUAUUAUAUCUCAAAAAACAUUACCUUGAAUAAACAAAAUGAUGGCCUGAAAAGAGAGGUUCGAAAGGUGGAAAGUGAACUUAGAAGAAAAGAUUCAACUAUAUAUGAACUACAAAUGGAAGUUGAAGGCUGCAAUACUUUAAAGAAAGAAAUUGCACAAUUGAAAAUGAAAAUGGAGGAACUGAAGCCGCUAGAAAUUUUAUCUAAUGCUCCAGUUGGUGAUGUUAUCAGAAUGGUUGAAGACACUAAAGAUCCUGAAGUACUUAUCAAAUACAUUUCUGUUUUGAAGAAGGAAUUUUCUGAGAGCCUUAAUAAACGUCAAAAACUUUCUACAAGAAUUAAGCGAUAUCAAGAUGAUAUUGCUAAGGCCAAUGCAAAGUAUGAGUCCUUAUUAGGAGAACAGUCAAAACGAAUGGAUUUAGAAGAGCAGUUAGCAUUUUCAGAAAGCAGAAACAUGGCUUUACAGAAACAAGUAGAAGAGUUAGAGAGAAGACUGGGCAUUAAUGAAGUGGAGAAUAGUAUAUCAGAUAUUCAAGAAUUUGAAAUUAAGAAUUAUAAUGAUGAAAAGACACCUGCUGCAGGAACAGUUAUUAAUGAAGAUAAAAAUGAAGAAAUGCCAAGUCAAAGUCUUAUAUCCUACAAACGAGAAAGGAAAGGAUUUUCAGAUUAUACUAUACCAAAGAAGAAAAAAAGGGAUGAUAAGAUAAGAGAACAAUCAACUAUGGAGAAUCAUAACAUAAUUGAUUUAACUUAAAAAAAUCUUGCUGAAGUCGACUAUCAUAUUUUACUAUGCAUUUAUAAUUAUUUAUUUUCUACAAGUAGACAUGAGGCAUAUGAUACACGUCAUAUUGUUACAUGAUGAAACUCUAUAUUAUAGUAUUACAUGAAAUAUAAGUCAUCUUACGUUCUCCGAAUAAAUAAAACAUUCUACUUUUGUA